CCGCGCACUCCUUUUCAAUGCCACACGUUUAACGUCCGCAGUCUGGCUCUAAUCUCCGGUCGGACUCCUCCGCCCCUCGUUCAUCUUCAUGUCUCUACCCCACACUCCCUACUCGUAUUCGGCCUCAUCUCCCACUCAUGGAGAUUCAUACGUUAGUUUGUGCUCCGGGGAAGCCUCUUUCCCCCACACAACCCCAGCUUUCCGCAUCCGCUGCACCUGAGAAAAGAAAGCGGGUCCGUCGUUGGCAUCACCGAGGAUUCACAGGCUGUUCGACAUGUCGUCGACGCCACGUCCGCUGCGACGAAGCCUCGCCCUCAUGCAAGAACUGUACGCGCCUAGGUCUCGAAUGUGAUGGGACCCAGGGUCGUAUGACCUUCAAGGUGUACGGACCACCCCAAGCGGAUUCUUCUUCCGCCACCGCCAAGAAAGGCGAGAAAAAGAUCAAGACCGAGGACGACAAGCAUGUGAAGAAGGAGCCAGUAGGGGAUGAGAACGAGCCCAUUGAAGCGCUAGUGGUGUCUCCCACGACAGUAUCCGACGUGAAGCCCAUCAAAUACCGCUUCCAGGACCCCAUUUCCCCUGCUGAAUUUCUGUCGUCGUCCCUAGACUGUGUGGAAGGCCGGUAUUACACUCACUUUGUCGACCAAGUCUCCACCUUACUACUCAUCUACGACAAUUCGAACAACAUCAACCCUUACCGAAGAUUCUUCCCCGAGCUUGCUCGAUCGUCACCAUCAAUGGCUAGCGCCAUGCAGGCUAUGGGUGCAUUGCACCUUGCCAACACAUCCAAAGGACAGCAGCGAAACAAGCAUUUUCAGCAGGCUAUGAGCAAUUAUGGCGAGGUUGUUAAGUCCUUCAGGACUCGGUAUACAGACCCUGACCAGAGCGUGCGGUUAACUGAUUUUGCCACCUGUCUGUUGCUGUCCCUGUUUGAGAUGAUGGAUUCUCAACAUCACAAUUGGGCUAUUCAUCUUAAAGGAGCUCGCGAAAUCUAUCGAAUCUUAUUCUCCCCAAAUAGCGAUCCCGCCAAAGAAGCUAAGCGCCUCGCUGAAAUUAAUCACCCGCUUCGACCCUUCCUCGUUUCCCUUCUUUCCUACCUAGAUGUUGCGGGUGCCUGUGCCACCAGCGAAGGAACGGUGGUAGAAGGCAGUUACUGGAGAACACAUGGGGGUGGCUGGGAAUACAACCUGGGCACACCGAGCCUCUCGACCGAGCAACCUGCCUACAGUCACUUCUUGGUGGAACUACGCCAAUGCUGGUCUGUCAUGAUGGAGAUCCAAGCGUCUAUCAGUGCGUUCGGAAAGGCAAAACACGACGGCCUCAUGUCGCCCGAACAACAAGAUCUUGUCUAUCAUGAGUUGUUGCAGCGGUUGGUUCAGUGGCGCCUGAAUGCACCACAAACACUUCAGACACUAGGUGACCUGGAUGACGAGAGCUUGCGACAGUACCCAUACCCGGAUGUUCUUGAGUAUGCUGGAUGUAUCGAGGCAUACGAGAAGGCGACCAACAUUUUCCUGCACCGCGUCGGGGCGGCAGCCCGGCCUGACAUACAACCACAAAGAGCAUUGUUGGAUAUGCUUUCUUCGCGGAUCCUAGCGUUGAUUGGAAAGCUCGCAAAAGACGUGGGUCAAUUGGCGGUGCUGUGGCCCCUGUUUACGGCAGGCCGAGAGACGCGAGUUGAGAGUGAGCAGAAAUACGUGCGUCAGACCAUGACGGAUCUUCAGCGGUUCGGGUUUAAGAAUGUCGACAAGGCUCUUGAGGAAUUGGAACGAGCAUGGUUCAAGCAGCGUACUUUCCCAGAAGGUUGGAUUGAUACCAUGGACGAUAUUCGUUCCUCAAUUUUACUCCCUUGAAAAAUGUAUGGGGAGCUACCAUGGUGCAUCCUUACAUGGCCAAUCUUCGACC